AUGCCUUCUAUCCCCCACCGCCGUAAUGUUGUCUGCCGUUGUGCUCAAUGUAGCAGAAAUUCACAGGGAUACUCAUUGGUGACAAGCAGAACCGCUGAGCGCCAUAUUAGAAAAGAUGAGCUUGAGAGAAUCGAGAGACUGGAUAUGGCUGAAAGAUUGGCAAAUACUGUGCAAGAAGAACAAAUGAUGGACGUUGAUACCCAAUACGAUCAGGCCGACUCACCUGAUUCGAAUGCCGCCACGAUGGCUGACAAUGUCUCGGUAGACGAUGAGAUCAGCGAGGUCAAUGGCAAUGACUCUGACAUUGAAAGAGACAUAAACUCUGACUCUGGCAGUGGUGAAGAAGAAGGUGUCGAGACAGACGUUGAAGAGUUUGUUAAUGAAGACCCAUUUGAUGCUCCUAACAUGCCUGAAAACCCUGUCCAUCGGUUCAUUGCUACCUUUGCCGUUCUUUUUAUCUCACGUUAUGUUGUUAACAAAGGUGCCGCCGUAUUGAUUGAAUUUAUCAAUCAGUUACUCAAGAUCUACGGCGAAGAUUUCCAAUUACCAACAAGUCUUAUUGGCCUGCAAAGAAUGACUGGUUUUUCCAAUUACGCCAAUGGUAUCAAGAAGUCUGUUGUAUGUGAAGACUGCCACAAGGUUUACGAACAAGAUGUGCCUCUCCCUACUCAUUGCGACUUCAAAAAGCAUGGUUCUCAAUCAGCAUGCAAUUGUGAAUUGAUGAAGGUUUCAUCUUCUGGUGCCAUGGUAGCCAAGCGAUCAUACGUCUACAACUCUAUCCAGAGAUCAUUACAACUGCAUCGCCUUGGAUACUUUGAUCUAGUACGUGGAACGAUCAUCGAUCCCAUGCAUAAUUUAUUCCUGGGGACACCAAAGAGAAUGAUGGAGCGGUGGAUAAAAGAAGGACUGAUAGACGAUAGAAAGCUAGCUACGAUGCAAACAAUGGCAGAGACAAUGGUGGUGCCAAUGGAUUACGUGGUGUUGAAAUCAAAGAUCGGAAAGGGCUUUCCAUACAUGAAAGCUGAUGAAUGGAAGUCCUGGGUGCUAGUGUAUUCGCCUAUCUUGUUGAAGGCCGUCCUGCCAAUUGAAAUGUUCAGAAAUUGGAUCAGUUUUGUUGAUGCCUGCCGCCAAUUAGUAAAGCCAAGCAUCACGUUCUCUGACAUUGAUGACGGCCAUAAAUUUCUUCAAGAAUUCUGUACUGAGUGCCAGCGUAUUUACACUCCAACUAUUCUCACCUGUAACAUGCAUUUACAUCUCCAUCUUCGCGAGACCAUCCGUGAUUUUGGACCAGUAUAUGGAUAUUGGCUCUUCGGGUUUGAGCGAUAUAAUGGUCUGCUAAAGAACGUGAAUACGAACAGAAAAGAUUCCUUUGAGGUUACAUACAUGAAUAGUUUCGUCCAAGAUACAUUCAAAGGUGAUUUCGUUCAUGCUGCUCUCACAUGCCCAAGCCAAGUACCGUUUCUUCCUCUUCUCGCCAAGCUUACUGCCACAGCUCAACCCUCCACUUCAAAAAAUACAAUAACUUUUCCCCAGCGCCCGUUCAGACUAUCAGCCUUCAUCCAAGCAUACUCAAACCCUUCUCUUCCAGUCCUUGGCAAUGAACCUCUUCCUCCAUCCGCAUUUCCUCUCCAUAUCGAACCCCCAUCAGCAAUGAGUGAUGUCGACUAUCCUCAUUUGCUUGAUUACUAUAAAGUCGCAUACUGCAUGCCAAAUCUUGAAGGUUACCAGCAUCCCUCCUCUCCAUUCUCCUUUGUCGACAACCAAAUCAUAAAGUUGAAAUCAAUCAAUUUGCUUGGUCAGGUUUACAAAGGCUGCAAAUAUGCUUCUGGUCGCGGCUCAUUUGUUCAAUCUCUGUUCCUUGGAAGUCAAGGCAAUAAUUGGUUGGCAUACACUGGCCAAAUUCAGUAUCUGUUCUUGCACUCUUUCACUCCACCAGCAGACAACACAGAGCUCCAAACACGUGUCGUUUAUCAAGAUAAACACGUGUUUGCGUUUGUUAAGUGGUUCCAGAUUGAGCAUGACCGUUCAAGAGAGUUGGAAAGUGUUGACAUCUGCAGUGCAGAUUUUAUUGCGUGUGAUUUUGAAUGCAUCUUGCCAGUACAUCGAAUAUCAUCAGUUGUUGCAACAUGUGAUUAUAAAACCAGCACAAAUAAUAAGAAAAUACUUGUCAACGCUUUACCACACAAACAAUACAAUUAA